CAGACUGCGAGAGUUUCACGCACCCAAAGGGGUCAGUCAAGCCCCUCAUCUGUGCAUCGCCAUGGCACAAGAUGACGCAGCAGAACGGCACCAGGCGGAGGCUGCCCGCUUGAGAGCUGAGAUUGAGCAACUUGUACAGCGGGCUCGGUUGCUGCUCCGGGGCGAGUCGUCCAGACCUCCAGCGCCCCGGGCGCCUCAUCCCCGGCGGGCAGAGCGGGACCGGGAGCUUGAGCAGGCGCUCGAGAAGGCAGACUGGUUCCGACGGGAGAUUCGGCGGAUGCGGCAGGAGCUGGAGUCCAGGGAACCAUCCUCCAAUCCCUGGGAUUCGAGGGACAAAGAUCCUAUGGAGUUGUACAAUCUUCUGGCUGAGAAGCGAAAAGAAUUGCAGCAGCUGCAACGGGUCAGUGAAGGUCUUGAGCACGCUGCAGAGGUGCAGCGGAAGGCCGAGAGCGAGCAGAGCUUUGUGCGACCGGAGAUCGAGGAGAGGCUGCAGAAGGCGAAACUCGAGGUUGAGCAGCAGAAGAGGCUGAAUGUGAAGCUUCAAGCAGAUAGGCUGAAGCUAUCCAAUCAGCGGAAAGCGGUUGAGGAGGACCUGCGGAAAGUGGGCAGCGAGCUUCGAAGCAAGGCCGCUCUCUUGCACCGCAAGGGCUUGCCUGGAACAGAGAAAGGGGGGGCGUCUGUCUUGGAGCAGCUUCGCCGAGAGGUUGACAUCUUGCGCGGGGCGCUUCGGCAAGAUGAGCGAAAGCACCGGGCUAUGCUCAAAGAGGAUAGCCAAGAGGUGGACUUUGCAGCGGCACAUGUACAAAGUCUUCAGAAGGCCAUCCAGGAGCGAGAGGCCCAAGUUGCAAAGCUCAGAUCUGCCAUUGGCAAUGCAUCACGUGAGAUGCGAGAUGCCAAAGGAGCUCCAGAAGGUGCACAUUAACACCCAAUGGAGACUUUGAGCGCUUGGAAUAGGAGCGCUGCAUGAAGAUCAUGCAGCACCCCACAGUGUGCGCCACUUGACGCUCCCGGCCAAGCCGGUCGGUGCAAGUUUCCACGUGGCAGAAGGCCGCUGGGGCGGAGUUGUGAUAAGGCAGCAAAAACAACUUGUUUGAUC